AAAGAAUAAAUAUUCUUCCAUGGUGUAAGUGUAUUCCGCAUCUGCUAUGUUAUUCGUUGAAAUUAUCAUGCUCUGUCCCGUCCAGCACUGGUGCACCUGUUUGAAGUGACACCUGAGUGCGCAUGAGUGACAUGCAGGUGACCGCAGGUGACGCCGGGUGACGCGAGCAAGACUUGAGUUCGAACUGUUCUGUUAGUAUUAAUUUUUUAAAGUUCUGCCGCGGAAGAACUUCGAUUUUACUGUUCUACAUUAACCUCUUUUUAAGGAUGACAAUUGACGAAAGAAAUAGUUGUAUAGGAUAUGUUAAGUAGUAUUCCUUUUAAAAAUUUAAUCUGCAACAUAAUAUUGGUAUAUCACUACUAGUUGAAUAGUACUUUUCAUAGUAAAUUAAAAAUGCAAAAUACUUUGGAAUCUCGGCUUAAUGCCUUGCACCGGAUAUCACAAGAAAAACUUGUGCAGAUCCUGGAUAAAAUUUCUGGAAAAAAAGAUUUAAUAAUAGAUCCUGUUCUAAUGAAAUCACUGGAUAGAAUAACUGGAGCAAAAGUUUUGAGGUCUCAUAAUGUGGAUAAAAUAUAUCGUCUUGAGAAAACAAGUGUACACUGCAAAAACUUGAACUGGGUAUAUCUUCUACAUUCAAAUCUUAUCACAGCCAAAUGUGUUUGUGAUCAGAUAAAUAGUGAACUUUCAAGAAGUGAUCAAUAUAAGUUUUAUAUUAUUCUUGUUCCGUGUGAGUUAGUGUCAAUUCAACAUUUGAUUGAGGAAGAAGGAUUAUAUGACAAGAUUAUUGUAUAUUGCUUUCCAUGGGAACUUAUCCGUUUAGAUAGCAGAGUUCUUUCAUAUGAGCUUCCUGAUAUUUUUCAAAAGUUAUAUGUAGAUGGUGACCAGUCUUUUCUACCUCCAAUAGCACGUUCUUUAUGGUCACUCCAACUCCUUUUUGGAAAAUUUCCAUUAGUUCUUACAGCUGGAAGAUUUUCUUCACAAAUUUAUUCAAUGAUGGAUAUUCUCAUGAAUGAGUUGGGUAGCCCUGAUGGUUUUGAUUCAGAUAUUGGUUGUUUAUUUCUUGUAGAUCGAGAUGUUGAUUAUGCAUCGGUGUUAUUAACACCUGUUACUUAUCUAGGUCUGUUGGAUGAGGUGUUUGAAAUUCGAGGUGGUACUGUUGAAUUAGAUGCAAGGUUUCCUGGAAAUAAAAGUACUGUUAAUUUCCAGUUAAGUGGUGAUGAUGGCAUUUACAAUGAGAUUAAACACAGAUACUUUUCAAAUGUUUAUUCAUUUCUUAGCAGAAAAGUAGGUGAGCUUCAAGCAGAAUCUGAUCGAAGACAAAAGAUGACCACCCAAGAUAUGAAGCAAUAUGUAGAAACAGAACUCAAGAAAGUUAUUAAUAUGAAACAAGCCUUGUCGUAUCAUAUAGGAGCAUGUGAAGCUAUAAUAGGAGAAUUAGGCCAUAAAUUUGAAGCUCUGCACCGAACAGAACAAAAUAUUUUAGAAGGUAAAAAUAAGUCUGAGACUAUUAGUUAUCUGGAAGACUGUUUAGCUACCCAGGCUUGUGAUAAAUUUUCUUUAAUAAGAUUACUUUGUCUAAUGUCACUUACUCAAGAUGGGCUGACAAAAGAUGAAAUGAAUACUUUCAAAUCUCAAUUUUUACAUUGUUAUGGCUAUGAACACUUAACAUGUUUUUACAAUUUAGAAAAGUUAGGAAUUUUUAUACCACAAAGUUCUAGCCUAAGUGAAUCAGCUGGCAAUUUGGCUGGUCGGGUUGCCCAAGCAGUAUCUCUGCCAAAACGAUUCAGUGCUUUUAGAAGCAUGGCAUAUAAACUCAAACUUUUCCCUGAUUACUCUGACGAUCACGAUGAUUCUAAAAUGCCUAAAGAUAUGAGUUAUGUAUUUAGUAGUGCUUAUACUCCAGCUGUGUGUCAGUUGAUUCAAAUGAUUAUCAAUAAGGGUAAACAACCCUUAGAAGAAAUCUUGAAAUUACUUCCAGCUGCCACACUUGCACGUAGAGAUUCUUCAAGUACUCCAAGGACGUUUUUAGUGUAUUUUGUUGGUGGAGUUACGUAUGCUGAAAUAGCAGCAUUUGAACUUCUGGAGAAAUUAACUGGUGCUAGAAUUGUUGUGGGAGCUACAAACAUAAUUAAUGGUAAAUCGCUUAUAAAAAGUUCUUUGUAGAAUUAAGGUGAAAUCCAACAUUCAUAAUACGAUCCAUUUGUAUUUUAUUUGAUUCUGAAGUUUUACACACAUUUAUUUUGGGAAAGGGACUGUAUGUAUGUAUUGUUUUGAUUGUGCAUUCUGAAAGAAUGAUGUUACCAACGAGAAUUAUCAGAGAAAGUUUUAUAACAAAUUUAUAAAAAGGUGUUUUAUAAUCAUUAUAAAAAUUUUAUAUUUAACAGGCAGCAGCCUAAUUUGUACAAAAGAUUUAUUGUAUAUUACAAGUUAUUAUCAGAUGUGUAUUCUUGUCUUUAGCAGCCAUUGAAGAAAUCACAAGGCAUUUACAUGUACAUAUAAUCAGUUAUUUGUCAUUCUAUUGUAUUUAAUAAUUAUCAUUACUCCUAAAAAUUAUCAGUGAAAUUGAAUUGCAGUCAUACAUACACACAUGUAUACAACCUGUAACAGAGUCCCUCUGAAAAAUCAACCAAUAAAGAGUGGAUCUUUUGAUGAAUUGUACAAGAGGCAAUAUAUAAAUCAUUAAUAUGUAUAUAUUUACAUUAAUACUGACCUCAGAUGUAUCUAGCUUUUUGUGCUCUCCCAGAGUGAUACUUCGUUCAUUGUAGAAAUCUUUCCUGAAUGGCUACAUGCUGAAGAGUUGUGAUAAGCGAAUAUUAUGAUAUCGAAAGCCUUAGUAAAAUUGAUAUAAAUUAUUUAUAUAAUUAGGGUAGCAACACGCUGAUAUACACAUCUAAUCUUAAAAUUUUAGGCAUGGAUAAUGUGCAUUUAUAAUAAUUUGUGUUUGAAUUAUCCAUGGUAUAUUCAUUUAACGUCAAAAAUCAGUUAAAAUCGGAGUGUGAUUUGCAGUGAGAAAAGUGUGUAAUUGGCAUGAGUUUUUGAGUUCUGGCUUAAAAUAAUCCAAGUUUGCUAUAAGAAAUCACUCUGAUUUUAAACUCCUAUGUUUCAUAUAAAAUGGCGCUUUGAUAUUCAAGAGCUGUAGUUCUCUAAGCAGGAUGUCGAAGAAGGUUAAGUUCGUAUCUGAAGUCUGUCUUCAGUUAGUGAAUUAUUUUCCAGUUUACCAGUAAUGUAUUGUACAAUUUACUGAUUUUAAUCGGUGCAAUUCUGACUUCUAAAGCCACUGCAUUACUAACAUGUUAUUGAUCUCGUACAAUAAUUUUGUAGUUGAUUUCAAUAUGUUUGACAUUAUGUCCAUUAAAGAUACGGGUCUGUAUUUGUUAACAUUUGCUCGAUUUUCACUUUUCACCUCGGUUGUGAUGAAGCUCUUUCCAGGAAGAACUUUCUUGAAGUGAUUUUGUAAUGGCAGUUAAAUUUUUUUUUAUUAAUGAUGAGGAAAUAUCAUUUGGACCUUUUUUGAUAUGAAAAUCGUAAUGAGGUAAAAAUCUUUUGUUUGACUAAUUACAACUUUUCCAAAAAAAAUGAAGAAUCAAUGGUAUAAUUUGUAAAAACCUUACAUUACCAUUAUCAGUACAGUAUUCUGCUUCAAAAUACUUCACGUAUCAUCUUACUACCUCUUGUCCAAAAUAUGCUAUUUUAUCCUCUUAGAAAAUGGUACUUUGCAAGCUAUCUCAUUUAGAAAUUCCAGUAUUCUUUUAUACCUGAUGAGUCUACCCUUUAAUACUUCAUUUACUUUAUAUUUAAAUGUUGGUCGAUAUUAACAAAAUAAUAAUAAUCACUACUCUAUAAACUGAAGAUACUAUUUGCGUUUAAAUUUUUGGAAUGUAUGCUAAAUAAUCAGUAUUUAAUUUAAAUAAACAGUUAAGAUUCUACAUUACUUUUAAAUUCAUUUAGAUGUUUUAAACUGACAAGCUAAAAAGCUAAUUAACUACUAUCCAUUUAAAGUUUGCUAAUUUGAAAAUUAAUUUCUUGAGUUUUUGCAUGUACAGAGUUGACUAAUUAUGAUCUCUAGGAACUGUGCCAUAUUUGGGUUGUCUGACAUAGGUCAAUAUCAUGUAUAAUAUCAAAUAUUUUUAUAAAGGAAUAAUACAAAAAGUUACACCUUGUAUUUUAUUAUACUUACAAUUCACAAAUUAUUCUGAAUUUAUUGAAAAUCACUAGACGUAAUAAAUUUGCAAAAUUGAUUAGUUUUAUAUAUACUAUCAAAAGUUUCAGCAAAUCGAAUGUAUGCUUGUAGUUGCUUUUGAGGAAAGUAAUUGAUAGCUAUAAUGAAAGUUAUAAAUGUAAUGUUUGUUUUGUGUAAUUAUAUAAUGCCAUCAUGUUCUUGAUCAAUUUACUGGACCUAGUCACAAAUUCCUUGUUACAGCAUAUGUGACUAAAGUUGUCAUAACUAGGUAAAGUCAAUCCCUCUAUGUAGCCAUUUCAGGGAAGGUGAAAAUAUUAACCUAAUAUUGAGAAUAGGUAACAUUGACCUUAAACCUGAUUUUAGCAUUGAAGAAAUACUUUUGAAAUGAUUCUGGAAUAAAUUUACUUAAACUAAGAUUUUGUUGUAAAAGUGAAACUUGAUUGAACAUGUUAAUGUCAACUUAUUUCACUAAUAUCUAUUACUCACCUGCUUCCAACAUUUGAAGUUUUAAGUGGUCUUUCAAUAUGAAGUAGAAUUUAAAAAAAUUGCCUUUUCAUGGACACAAGUUAAUUUUCUAUCCUUUAAUCUGGGCCUACAUCAUAUUAAACAAAAUUUGUUCAACAAAAAAGUUAAAUAAAGGGGAUUAUUGGAACAUGAAUAAAGUGACAAAAUUAAAUUUAGAAAACUUUUAUGAGAAAUAUUACAAAGCUGAGCAAAUUAUAACAAUCAAACAGAACAAAAACACAUCAGAUCUAUAAAUAGUUAUUAAACAAGUAUUGAACAAUUAUCACAUCUUUCUUAUAAACAUAUGCCAUAACCUUUGAGGCUAUAAAUGUAAUACUGUAAAUUUUAUGCACAACAGUACUGGUAACUGAUGACUAAGUCUUAAUUGUAUCACACAAGUAUACAAUAUAUACAUAAAAAUUGGCAGGUACAUAUGGACCACAAAAUUCUUAAUCUUUCAGAGAUAUCAUGUACCUUCACUCAAUUGAUUCCUUCCCUAAAAAUUGGUUAAGAGAAAGCUGCUUACGGAAUUGAGCAAAUAUUAAAUUAUGUGCAAACUGUCCAUUUAAAAUUUCUGCUUCUGAUGCACACCGAUUGCAACUAACGAUUAUGU